GGUUCACCAUGCAACAGGGAUCGCUGGAAUGGAUGUGAAAAACCUCUCCAGUAAUUGGAAGAAGCUCCAGGGGUCCAUCAAAAAGGAGAGUGCUUCUUCCCUCUCCACAAAACGCAAGAACCCCGAUUCCGUGGACGAAAAUGGUGUGGUGAAGAAACGGAAAUCAGAGUCAACCGCCGCAAAAAGGACCUUCGACCAGACGCGCAUCACGAAAAAGCGGAAAAGGAUGCCCGAACACAGCUCGAGUCAGACCGAUGAUGGUGCCAAAGAGGCUGCCGGACAGUCCACCUCACGGAGAAGUUCGAUGUCCGCGAGUCGGUCGGAAACCAAGACUGCCAAAGCCAAUGAAGGGCGAUCCAAAACCGCCGAGAUCGGUAAAUAUAUCGCGAUGGAUUGCGAGAUGGUGGGCGUCGGUCCCAAUCCCGACAGCGCCUCCGUGCUCGCUCGUGUGAGUAUCGUCAACUACAACGGCGAGCAGAUCUACGACUCCUUUGUGCGACCCAAAGAAAUGGUUACCGACUGGCGAACACAUGUCAGUGGCAUAUUACCGAAGCAUAUGGUGGAUGCUCGUACGCUCGAGCAUGUCCAGAAGGAAGUCACCGAGAUCUUGGAUGGGCGGAUCCUCGUGGGACAUGCGCUGAGCAACGAUCUGUACGCCCUCAUGUUGAGCCAUCCCAAGCGUGAUAUCCGCGAUACCAGCAAACACGUCCCGUAUCGGAAAGUCGCGGGAGGUGGAUCUCCUCGUCUGAAGGUUCUGGCUUCCGAGUUUCUCGGACUCAAUAUCCAAGAUGGAGCGCACUCCAGUGUGGAGGAUGCCAAAGCAACGAUGCUACUUUAUCGGCGGGAUAAAGACGUGUUUGAGCGAGAGCACGCAAAGAAGUGGCCGGCGCGUGUAGCCGUGGAGAAAACGGCCGACUCGGAAGGGGACAAGAAAAAGAAGAAGAAGAAGAAGAAGACACGCAAGAGGUGAUCGUCUUCAUCAUAACAAUUAC